AUGAAGACUUUCAUUACACCCACUUGUCUUGUGGCAACUACUCUUGCCCACUCAAUCGAUACUCGCCAAACAACCCAAUCUUCCAACUUGGAUGAGAUGAAUAGUGCGAGGGUCACAUUUUACAGCACAAAAGGGCCUCAGUAUCAGCUUGUGAAUGCCCACUCUCCCAUUGAUGAUAAAGAACGACCCAUUCCAGAUCUUGCGCCGAAUGCAGCAAACCAUCAAUCGGACAGAGCCAGUCGAAAUAGCAACCAUGGAAUGUCAUGCAAAAUCUACGGCCCCAGUGGAGAGUUGCUUAUCACUCUAAAGGACAACAAAGAGGACCAAUCUUUAUCAACAGAUGGGACCAGUUACCCGACGGAUAAGCUUAAAAUGGCCUGCGUUGAGGUGUAG